UGGAAAUCACACAUCGGCAUUGGCAUCGGCAUCAGCAUCGGCAUCGACAUCGACAUCGAUUCCCAUAGUAGCAUCAAGACCCUUAUCACCAUCCACGCCAUCUACGGCUACUAAUAAUGGUCAGGUUGGACAAGAUGUAGUUAGGCAACAAGGUGAUAUGGUUGACUCUGUAGGAGUGCAUGGACGCCUACGAAUUGAUGUUAAGGAUAAUAUGUUGACUAGCUCAGAUGUAUGUGCUAGAAAAAUUACUAAGUUGUUCAAAGAAAGAAUAGAUCCCAAUGGUUAUGCAUGGGGACAACUUAGUGUUGAGACAGUUGAAUUUUAUUGGGAAGAAUUCAAGAAAUUUUUUGAGUGGGAUGCUACUAAAACUGCUGUAGUGUAUAAUGUUUGGGAGAUAAAGGCUAAAAGAAGAUAUGCUGAUUACAUAAGCAGAAUAAGGAAAAAGCCAAGACCUCCCUAUGUCCCACCAGAAAUAUGGACAAAAUAGAAUGAUGUUUGGAAUUCUGAGGAG